CUCAAUUCCACUUUAAUGGAAAAUUGAAAUUUACAUUUAACAGUUUGUAUUUAAAAAAUAUAUAUUUAUAUCAUUAUAUUUUAAUUGUAAAAAAUAAUUACUAAUGUUUUCUUCAAUAUAAGUGGAGUCAAUAAAUAAACUAAAAUGGACAAAGUAUUUCAAGACCCUGUUCAGCUUUCCAAAGGUAUAAAUCUUAGAGAGCUGAUGACUUCAGCCACAGAGUUUCACAUAGACAUGGACUUCAAGAAGAAACAGAGUGGGAUGUGCCUGAACAUGGACGAAGACCUGUACCCGGACUUAGAUGAUGGAGAGGAUAGUGACAUAGAAGAUGCACUAAAAAAUGUAGAAGAAUCAACUGAUAAGCUAAUGCUUGCCUCCCCGGAAUACAUGUCGUUCAGCGAACUGUCCGCAAAGAUGGUGGACUGCAUACCCAGUGGGGAUGUCAAGAUACUAAUUAUUGAAGAGGGUGACGGUCCUCUGGUGCCGGUUGAUGCUGAAGUGACCCUACACUACGCUGCAUAUUGGGAGAAAACAAAGAUACCCUUCGAUUCUACACUCACCAUGAACUCUGGCGCACCCCUGAAGAUCCGUCUAGGCGCGGGCCGCAUCCUCCCGGGGCUGGAGGUGGGGCUGACGUCGGUGCGGGGCCCGGCUGCGCGCGUGUUGCUGCUGCUGCGCCCCGCCGCCGCCUGGGGCCCGCGCGGGGCGCCGCCCCGGGUGCGCCCCGAGACCGCCCUGUUCGUCAUAUCGCUGUAUGCGGUCAGGGACAUGUACGCCACGGCCAGAUUCAAUGAUUUACCCAUGGAGGAACAAAGAAAAUUCGAGGUCACCGUUAAAACUGUCGACGCUCUACAUUCCCAAGCUAAAGAAAUCUACGCGAAGAAAAAAUACAUAAAAGCCAUAAAGAAUUAUCAACAGUCUAUGUCUGUGCUCGGUCUGUCCCAACCCAAAAACGAGGUGGAGGCGGAAGAAAUUAAAAAGUUAAAAAUGAUUGUCUAUGUCAACUUAGCUAUUUGUUAUUAUAAAAUAAAAAAACCAAAGUAUACAUUAAUUAUGUGCGAGAAUUUAGAUAGAAUUAGCGAUUUAGAUAAACAUUGCAAAGCGUUGUAUUAUUGUGGUAAAGCCCACCAAAUGUUAGGUAAUAAUGAAGAAGCAUUAAUAUAUUAUAAAAAAGCAUUAAGACUAGAGCCAAAAAACAAAGAAAUAGGCAAGCCAUUAGCAGAACUAGACAGUUAUAUAAAAAGGUCAGCUAAAAAUGAAAAAGUAAUGUGGCAGAAUGCACUAAAGUCUGUGCCUGUAGAUAAAAAAGAAGUAACCUACAACGUGGAUGAGGAUUUCCAAAAUGGCGUCCGCGACAUGUGUCAAGAUUUGGCGGGAAGGAACGAGUUUAGUAAGUUCGAUUUGCCAACCGGCAUGACGAAAGACGAGGUCGAAUGUCUAAAGUCAUUAGUUAAUAGUUUUCAGGGACUGACUGUUUUAGAAGAUGGAGAAGGCAAAAGGAAAAAAGUUAGCAUAGUGAAGAAAAUGAUUUCUUAAUUGACAUUUAUUAGAAUAGAAAUAAUCUUUAUUCAAAUAUUAAUGUGAUUGCUUAAUAGUACUUAAACUUUUAAAUUGAUGUAAUUUUUUAAUAUACACACUACCAAAUGGUAAUUAUGUUU